AUGAAAUUUAUGUUGAAAACGUUUAUUCUCCUUUCUAUGAGGAACAAUAGAUGUAAUAGCUUCGCAUUGACCAAUUUUUUCCACUAUGCAACACCACCAUUCUCACAAGGCAAAAUCUCAUGGCAGCCACUCUCGACUCAAAAUGUUAAAAGUGUUACGGACCCUGGUUGUAUUGUUGACGAAACUCGUGGUCUUUUCUUUGUGAUUGGUGGCCGGGAUUAUCUUAACAAUACUUCUCCUGGUUUACAAGUUUACGAUUUUAACACUCAGAGAUGGAAUGACUCUCAAUAUACACAAAAUUUUAUACCAAGCGACCUUACAACAGACUUUUGGGGACCACGUGUAGCAUGGUUGCAACCAGGUCUCAUGUUUAUGUGGGGUGCGAAUAUGACUGCACAAGGUGCAUAUUUAUUAGAUAUAAAUGUUAAUCCAUGGCAGUGGACGAGUAAUAUUGUCCCAACUAAAUGUGCCGGUAUCGUGACGGUUAAAGGGAACGCAUUCAUAUUUGGUGGUUUUCAUGAGAAAGAUUUUUCCAUCAGUCAAAAUACUUAUAUUUAUUCACCAAAAUACGGAUUUAUGAUUCCUCAAUUUCAAUUGCCAGUCCCAUUUAAUGAUGGUGUAAUAGGUGUUUUGAACAAUAAACUCAGUAUUAUCAUGAUGAAUACUGGCGGUGAUGUUAUGGAAGUAGUAAAUUUUGGCUUGAAAACUUUUCAAUUUGAUAAUGUUAUUUCGGCAUCAUUCAUUCAAAACCUUACAACAACUCGGAAUCGGGGAUAUGGGGCACAAUAUCAAUGGUCUGACUCCGUAUUUAUUUAUGGUGGUACAGCUGGAUAUUGCAGAAAUCAAUCUCUUCUUGACACUUGGAUAUCCUACAAUAUGUCAAGUCAAAAAUGGGAAACAACUUUUAAUGAUAUAAAAAUUACUAACAUUAUAAGCGAUGAUCUUUCAAUG